AUGGACUUCGAUCAAGAAGUCGCUAACCUCGACGAGAGCACCCAAGCGAUGAGCGUGGAAGACGCCCAGGCGGCGAUGUGGGCAAGAGCGCCUCUACCAGACGCGAGAUUUGCCAAUAACAGCUUGACUUUCGAACCUCUCUACCAAGAAGGUACAGUUGGGGACCACGCUGGUAAUAUCGCACCGGUCCGUCCGCGGACAAAGACUACAACGGAGUUGAAGAGAAAGAACCCUCCUGGCAAUGAUGCGGGUCCGACCCCGAAACGAGCAAAGGAAGCAGACGCCGCCACCAAAGGAGAACACCAAAUAGCCGCCAAGAAGCUGUGGAGCGAGUACCUCAUGAGAGGAGGGGUGAGCCAAGCAGGGGUGACUCUUUCUGAAAAGGAGUUCACUGAUGCCCUUCCCGAUCGAUUCCGCACGUCCACCCAUCCAGAAAUGUAUCGCCUGGAAGAUUUCGUAUACGAUCUUCUGCCAGCUACCGAAGCGCCAGUACCCUUAAAUCAAACGACUGCAGUACCGCCCACUGAAUUCGAGACCGCUCCAACUGAUUUGAUUGCUUUCAUCAAAUGGGCGAGAAAACAGAUAGAUGUCCAUACACCAGCAGACUCCAAGCGAUUGUUAUCGGCGAUCGGUUCUUUGCGGAACCCAGACACCCGGAUGCUCGGCUUCGAGCUUGCUUCAAAGUCCUUGGGUAAUCAUCUGACCAGGCUGGUCAAAAGUGCGAAAGACGCGAAGGCUCUGUACGCCCAAGUGAAGCAGGAUGGACCGCCAAAUCCGGAGCUCUUGGAGAGUAUCGGGCGGUCAGCUCGUCAGCUCGAGAUGAGAAAAGACGACUUCUACCAGCGGAUGACGGCUUUUCAUGAGGAAGCAAAGUCAAAGUUCUGA